GGUUGGUGUCAGGAAGGGCAUCCAGGCAGUCAAUAGCGUCACUGUCAAAAGCAAACAUCCCGUAUGGCCACCGUCAUGCGGGAAUGAGCCUAUUAAUAUCAUGCACAACUAAUAGAUAAGCGCAGACAUCGUAAUGGUUCGAAACAUAAUGACAGCAUGUAUCUUUUUGAUAGGAAGUAUGUGCUAAAUGCAAAUUGAAGCGAACGCAAUGGAAAACUGAUUUGCUUUCAAAAUAACUAAUAAAAAUAAUAUACAUGCAUUCAGUUUGGUGUGAUAUCUAGCAAAUUCUCUCCGCAGAUUAUUUUAGUUCUGAGUCUUGGAAAGAUUUUCCGGUUUUGCUUCCUAGGCAGCAGGGGAGUUUAUUUAGACCUAACACAAAAUCACACUUUGCAAAUUGGAUAUCGUACAUAUACACGUGUAUGGAUAGAGGCUUUUAUUUUUACUAUGACAAAUUUGUUGAGACAAGUGAUUACAUAACACAGGGUGUUGUCUUCUCCAUCUUAAUAUGUUCCUCCCUGA